CGCUGAUAUAAUACGUGGUUCAUACAGUUUGACGUGCACUGUUGAGGAACGGUGUAUUUGUUAUUUAAAACAUGAACACAGAGCUAACCUGAGUAGCUUCAGAGUGAGAUAAGAUGUUUAUUUUUGUGAAAUUGUCCGUGUAUACAGACGGACUCCCUCGCUAGCUAGCUGGCUAACUCAUCUAGCUAGCAUACAGCCGCGAUAUUGUCAUCAUAUUAGCUAGCUAACAUCAUAUUAGCUGGCUAACAGCGCUCACAGUCGCCUGCUGACUAGCUAGCGAUCAGGGAACCAUGUCUGGCACUGGAGGCAAGCGAGCCUCUGGAGGGGACAGUCCUCCAGGGCCACCUGAAAAGAAAAUGAAGAAAGAAGAGAAAACCACGACCACUCUUAUCGAACCUAUUCGCAUCGGAGGUGUUUCUUCUACGGAGGAAAUGGACAUGAAGGUCAUUCAGUUUAAGAACAAGAAGCUCUUUGAGCGUCUCGAGCAGAGGCAGGCUAUCGAAGAUGAACUGAGAGAGAAAAUUGAGAAGCUGGAAAAAAGACAGGCAACUGAUGAUGCCACGCUUCUUAUCGUCAACCGCUAUUGGACUCAGCUGGAAGAAAAUGUUCAAGAGUUACUGCAGCGAGUUGAACCUAAGGCUGGUCCAGUGCCUGCACAGGCCCCUGUUAGUCCUCCAGCAUCUGCCUCUGCCCCUGAUCCUGCAACUGCCCCCUUGCCUGCCCCUGAUAUUCCAGCUCCUCUGCCAACUCCACUGGAGGGAGAAGAUGGCCUUCCACAGCCUCCACCUCCAGCAGAUGAGGAGGAACAGCAGCAGCAGCAGUCUGAACAACUCCAGCUGCAGGAGCAGGAUAAGGAGCAGCAGCAGGAGCAGUCUGAUGCAGCGGAGAAGCCGCCUGAGGAGCCAGUAGUGGAUGGAAUUGCUGUCCCUCCUCCACCUCCCCCGUUGAGUGAAAGUGCAAAGGCUUUCCUCUCAACUCUGGAUAACAGCAGUGAAGAGGAGCUCAGCUUGCAGCUACAGGACAGGAUGCAGUUCAGCAAAGGUGCAGUGGCCUGCAUAGUCUGCAUCUUUGACCGCCUGCACAGCAGCAUUGAAGAUCUGUGUAUCCGUACUCAGGCAGCAGUAUGUGAAAAUGACAGUCAACGUGAGGUCCUUGCCACAAAUCGCAGUCUACUAGAGGAGAAUAAUAAACUACAAGAUCUUGCUUCCUCACUGCAAGGAAGACACCACAAAAUGUCACUGGAGUAUAAUGAAUUAGUUGAUAAAGUGACCAGCUCUGAGACAAAAGUGUCUGAGAUGGAGACAGCUGUUGAGGACCUGCAGUGGGACAUUGAGAAACUUCGCAAGAGAGAGCAGAAGCUCAAUAAGCACCUAGCAGAGGCCCUUGAACAGCUGAAUUCAGGCUAUCAUGCUUCUGGCAGGUCUGGUGGCCUACCUGGUGGGCAGAUUACUCUGAACAUACAGAAGUUUGAGUCACUAAAUGCAGAGCUGGAGCAGAACCAGGAGCUGGCCAAUAGCCGCAUGGCAGAGCUAGAGAAACUGCAGCAGGAGUUACAGGAGGCAGUGAGGGAAAGUGAGAAACUCAAGAUGGACCUUCGGAACAUUCCAGAGGAAGUGGUGAAGGAAACACCGGAGUACAAGUGCCUUCAGUCUCAGUUCUCUCUGUUGUAUAAUGAGUCUCUAGGAGUGAAGACGCAGCUGGACGAGGCCCGGGCUCUGCUGCUUACUGCCAAAAAUGCUCACCUGCGCCAGAUAGAGCACAUGGAGAGUGAUGAGUUGUCUCUUCAGAAGAAGUUGCGAACUGAGGUCAUCCAGUUAGAGGAUACAUUAGCUCAAGUGCGCAAGGAAUAUGAGAUGCUACGGAUUGAGUUUGAACAGAACCUUGCAGCCAAUGAGCAAGCAGGCCCAAUAAACAGAGAAAUGAGACACCUAAUCAGCAGCCUUCAGAACCACAACCACCAGCUCAAGGGGGAUGUGCAGAGAUACAAGAGGAAGUUACGUGAGACCCAGGCGGAGAUCAACAAGAUGAAGUGCCAGAGUGGAGACAAUGGCAGUAUGCUAACUUUGGAGGAGAGUGUGAAUGACGGAGGACUGGAUGUGAAAAAGGAGGAAGAAGAUGACCAAGACGAGGAGGAGGAAAGGAGGAGAGAGCUGGAGAGGCAACGAGCCCGAGAACGUGAGAGAGAGGCAGAGAGGGAGAGAGAGAGAGAGCGAGAACGGGAAAGGCAGCGCAGUGAGGAGCUGAAGAGAAAAGACUCAGACACACUGAAGAUGCUCCGAACAGAGCUCAAGAAAGCACAGGAGUCUCAGAAGGAGAUGAAGCUGCUGCUAGAUAUGUAUAAGUCUGCUCCAAAAGAGCAGAGAGACAAAGUGCAGCUCAUGGCAGCUGAGCGGAAAUCAAAAGCAGAGGUGGAUGAGUUGAGGCAGCGGGUACGAGAGUUGGAGGAGAGAGAGAGGAAGGAGAGUAAAAAGCUGGCUGAUGAAGAUGCUCUGAGGAAGCUUCGGGUGGCAGAGGAGACCAUUGAACAUCUGCAAAAGAAGCUCACUGCCACUAAACAGGAAGAGGAAGCCUUGCUAAGUGAGAUGGACGUGACGGGUCAAGCUUUUGAGGACAUGCAGGAACAGAACAGUCGUUUAAUGCAGCAGCUGCGUGAGAAAGAUGAUGCCAACUUCAAACUGAUGAGUGAGAGGAUCAAAUCCAACCAGAUCUACAAACUGCUGAGAGAGGAGAAAGAAGAACUGGCUGACCAGGUGCUCACCUUCAAAACCCAGGUGGAUGCUCAGUUGCUGGUUGUGCAAAAGCUGGAGGAAAAGGAGGGCAUCCUGCAAAGCUCACUGGCUACUCUGGAGAAAGAAUUAGCGCUACGCACACAAGCUCUAGAACUCAAUAAGCGUAAAGCAGUGGAAGCAGCUCAGCUGGCUGAGGACUUAAAGGUGCAGCUGGAGCACACUCAGGCCAAGCUGAGGGAGAUCCAGGCCUCAGUGCUGGAAAACCGCAGUGCACGUGAAAGAGAGAGUGGCAACCUCAAACGGGCACAGGAGGACUUGUCAAGACUCCGCCGAAAGCUGGAGAAACAGAAGAAGGUGGAGAUGUAUACUGACGCAGAUGAGAUCCUGCAAGAAGAAAUUAAUCAGUAUAAGGCUAAGCUGCGUUGCCCCUGUUGUAAUACCCGGGAUAAGGAGACCGUGCUUACAAAGUGUUUCCAUGUUUUCUGUUACGAGUGCUUGAAGACCCGCUAUGAUACUCGGCAGAGAAAAUGUCCCAAGUGCAAUGCUGCUUUUGGAGCCAAUGACUUCCAUCGCAUUUACAUCACUUAAGUCCAAGAUGGGAUAAUUAACUCAAUGAACAGUAAAGCGAUGGGAAAGUGGAUUUAAGAGCAAAGAGUACGGAUGUGGCAUAAUAUUCUGCUCAAAAUGCUACUUCUAUUAGAUCUGUGAGUAGUCGAGGCUAGUGACCAAAUAGACAGCAAGUCUGGACUUGAACGGGGUGAUGCUGUGACUAUUAAAGCCAGUAGCACACAACAAGUGCUUGUUUAUAGCUACCGUACUUAAGCAUAUAGGUUGUAUUUCCACUUGGUUAAUAGUCCUUUAAGUGUUUUUUUUUUUUAAACAUGGAUUUGCUUUAUGAAUGUGUCUUGGAACACACAGUACAUUUACAUCAUUACGGUCUCAAUUACAAUUUUAGUACAAUUUUAUUGUACCAGUUGUGUGUGUGAUAUUUUGCACAGUUGCAGAUGUUGUAACAGACAGUUUUUCUUUUUUCCUCAUUGUAGUCAUGUGUUGAAUCCAAAUGCAGAGUACAGUAAAUCCAAGAUUCAGUUUUUUGAUGUAA